UUGAACAUAGAGGCUGCUCCCUCCUGCACUCACCCCUACUGUCCUCACUUGACAACUUCCACCAGUCAGCAGAACCAGUAAAGCUUACCGAUCACUGCCAUGAGGAAAAUCUCCCCUUUUCACCAUGAUGGAGCUGCUUACAUUUUUGUACAGGGCCAGCACUGGCCUUUUAGAGGCACCACCCAUCGCCUGCCUAUGGAGAUGUAGAAGAAGACGCCAUGGGGACAAUUCCAGAUCCAAUAGGUUUGCCACCUGGACCUGACUCAUGCCUCCACUCCACACCUGCCAAACACGGACCAAGGACCUCAAAUAACUGGAUUUAACUGGACUGGAAAUCACUUUCACUGGUUCACUGCCACAAGCCCCUCAUCUGCCCCUCUGCAUUACCCUGCUCUCCCUCGGACCUGAAUUAGAAACCGCACAUAACGUAUUAGACCCCAAUAAGCCAUAUACUUUGUAUCAAAUUAGACCAAAACUAAAAACAAUUUGGUCCUUAUUACAACGUAAACGGACACUUAUAGCCUACUUAGACACAGCUAUCUAAAUUAUGCUGUAAUUAGAAACCGCACAAUUUCCAAAUAAGAAAUAAGCCGUACUUUGUAUCAAAUUAGACCAAACUAGAAACAAUGGGCUCCUUAAUAGAAAUUAAAUGAACACCAUUAUAACCCAGGCGCCAUUAACCAAAAUGGUGCUGUAAUUAGACAGGUUUAAUGCCAUAUUAUAUCGCCUUUAUUAUUUAUUAAUAAUACAAACAGAAAAUGUGCAGCAAUACUCUACAGCCAUUGAAAACGGAAACAAAGGCGAGCUUGCCACGGUCAGGCAGAGGCCGAUCUACAAUGAGACAAGAACAUCAGUGUUAAUAAAUGACAAAGCAAAGACUAAAUUACAAACAAAACCCAAGCACAAGAUAAACACUCUCCUUUUCAGGAUAAAUGAGUAAAACCUACCAACACAUGUUGUGGUAAGCACAAUGGGCCUCACUCACCAACCGUUCUUACGAAGAAAUGUGUUCUUAAACCCCGCUUACGCACUUUUUACGGAAGUUAGGAGACCGGGUGGGCAUAUCACAGCCAUCCAUCAGUCGCGCUCUCCCACGAGUUGUGGAUGGAAUAAAUCAACUGGCCACACAAUAUAUUAUCUUCCCCUACACAGCGCAACAACAGCUGCCGGUCAAGAUAGGGUUCUACUCUAUUGCAGGUCUGCACAACGUAAAUGGGGCAAUAGACUGUACUCAUGUGCGCAUUAAGGCACCCUCACCAGACCCAUUCCCAUACCUCAACCGCAAGCAACAUCACUCAAUCAAUGUACAAGUCAUCUGUGACUCCGACAACCACCUCUUGAACGUGGUCUCCCGCUUCCCAGGAGGUGCACAUGACUCUUAUAUUUUGCAGAACAGUUCUGUGGGAAUGUGCCUGGAACAAGGAGAUGCUGGAGACGAGUGGGUCAUUGGAGAUCGGGGGUAUGCCCUUGCCCCCUGGCUAAUGACGCCACUAACAAACCCUCAGACGCACCAAGAGGCCUCUUAUAACCAGAGGUAUGCACUCACCUGCUCCACCAUUGAGCGAACCAUCGGUAUUCUGAAGGGACGCUGGAUGUGUUUGGACACAGCAGGUGGUAAACUGCUUUACAAGCCUGAGAAGGUUUGCAGAAUAAUCAUGGCCUGUUGUGUGUCACACAACAUCGCUAUGAAGCGUGGUGUUCCACUUCAGCCACCACACCAGGAUGUGCGUCCUGACCCAUUGCUGGGACCAGACCACCGACUUGGCGUGGAAGUCAGACAACAAACACAAUCCGCUCCUGGUUAUCCAAGACCGCAUCAGAGAUAACACGUGCAGUUGGACGGGACCUGGGGGCACGUACAGAGGCAGGCCUACUGCUGGAAGGCUGAAUGGUGUCGGGGUCCUCUUCACAGAGGGGUUGUGUGGAUUGGUGAUCUGAAAAAAAAAAAAACUAUAACUCAUUUUAAAUUGUUUUAAAUGUUUCAUUUUGUUCUAUAUAGGCCUACUGCAAAAGCAAUAGGAUUUCAAAGUGAAUAAACUAAGAAUUCAG